UAAUUGCAUCUGUAUAUACUUUCAGUAAACAAUCUUCAACAGCAAUGUUUGAUGCGAUGUCGUCUCAUGGAACAAAUGUAAAUGUGGAUGCUGCUAAUUGCAACAUUGGAGUAAACCAAAUGAACAACUCAAAUAGUGAUCAGAACAUAACAGCUUGGCAUCAAGCUUUCUCUUCAUUGUCUUCAACUGAGUUUUUUGCUGCUUUUAUGCCUCCUAGUUCAUUCUCUAUGAUGAAGCAUGAGAUUGAAGGUCCAAGCUUCACUUCAAUGUUGCAACAGCAGCCAGCAGAAACCACACAAAACUGCACACAAAUGCCUUGUAGUGUUGAAGAUUCAAACUAUGAGAGUUAUGAAAGCAAGCUACAGCAGUUUGAUGUUGAAAGACAUUUACAUAAUGACUGUUGAAGACCUUAAUUACUUUCUUUGCUUAAUUAAUAGUUAAUUAUAGAAUUUUUGUCAAGAUUCAGUGCUAUUGCUAAUCUGAAAUUAAUGGCCUGUAAAUUAUCUGAAAAAAAAAAAAAAGCAAUACAAGUUGACUGUGAAAGAACAGGGGAAGGGGCUGCAGAGAUUUUUCCCCUUUUCAAUUACUGUGGAGAGCUCUAUUUAUUAUUGUAUAAUUUGGAACUUGUUGAAUUUCUAA